AUGACUGACAGCGAUCCCAAGAUUUACCAGCAUGCCGACUCAGAUGGUCACUACCGGCGAAAAGAUUCGGCUUUUCGCUCCUGGGUGUCUCGGGACGCAUCGGCUGAGUUCCCCGCCGAAAAAGGCCGCUACGUGCUUUACGUCAACUACGGCUGUCCUUGGGCACAUCGCGCUAAUUUAGUUUGGACCUUGAAGGGGCUACAGGAUAUCAUUCAGAGGGUAGUUCUGGAUCCUGAGCUGAGCCCAGAUGGCUGGUUUUUCUCAGGUCGAUGGGGAUCUGCCGAAACAGAUCCCUUAUAUGGGUUUAAGUUCUUAAAGGAACUUUACCUCAAAGCAGAUCCGCAAUAUGAAGGACGGUAUACAGUUCCAGCUUUGUGGGACAAAAAGAAGGAGACAAUAGUCAACAAUGAAAGCAGCGAGAUCAUCCGCAUGCUAUAUUCCGAGUUUGAAGACUUUCUACCCGAGACCUUGCGUGAAGUCAAUCGUCCAGGUGGUGGAUUCUAUCCUGAAUAUCUGAGGAGCGAGAUCGACGCGAUGAAUGCAUGGGUAUAUCCUCAGAUCAAUAACGGAGUCUAUAAGACAGGGUUUGCCAAGAGCCAGGAGUCGUAUCUCGAGAAUAUCUACCCGCUUUUCGAGGCUUUGGAUCGCAUUGAGGCACUUUUGGGCCAAGCGGGACAUCAACCAUUCCUUUUCGGAGAUCAUAUUACGGAGGCUGACAUUCGUCUAUACACGACGAUUGCCCGAUUCGAUGUGGCCUACUAUCUGAUCUUCAAAUGCAAUUUGAAAAUGAUUCGACACGAUUACCCGCUUCUUGACCGCUGGUAUCGAAGGCUUUACUAUGAUGAGUCUGAGUUGACCCGGGGAGCAUUCAAGCAAACGACCUUCUUUGAUGCUUACAAGUUUGGGUACUGCGUUGCUAUUGGACAGAAGACUGGCAAUGCUCAGUUAGUUAUUCCUGCUGGGCCUAUCCCUGAUAUUCUUCCUCCAGAUCAGAGUACUUGA